AUGGAGCCCCAGCCGCGAAGUUUCAACGGAGUGGACGAGUCUCAGCUGCAUCUCGUGCGGCACGACACGUGCAAGCUGGAGAAGGUGGGGGGCCGAGGGGGGGACGACUACGGUGCGUGGAGCCUCUGCACCAAUCACGUGCGGCCAGGUGGCGUCGUGUACUCGUUUGGCAUCGGCGCUGACGUGUCCUUUGACAACGGGAUGGUCAACCGCGGGCAUAAGGUGUUCGGAUUCGACCCCACAGUUCCCCCCGAGCGCGUGCAAGCCAUGUUCAAGGACCACCACAGUCGCGAUCAGCCGGCCGCCUUCCAGUUCCGUCAACUCGGCCUGGCCGGCACGGACGGCAUCGUCACCUUCUUCCACUCCAAGAACCCGCGCGUGCAGUCCAUGACGGCCGUCAAACCAGAAAAACUUGCCGGCCGGUUCGAAAGCCAGGGGAUGCCGGCGCCGGUGCUGCGAUUGCCAACGUUUAUGUGCGGGAACGGGCACGGAUUCGUGGAUGUGUUGAAAAUGGACGUGGAGGGGGUGGAGUUCGACGUGUGCGACGCGUGGCUUCGCAUGAAAACGCCGCUGCCGUUCGGUCAGAUCUUGAUUGAGUUUCACGAUCGCAUGGUGACGGAUGCGAAAGCGCGAAAGGGCGCGUGCUUGCGCGCGCUGCAGCGAAACGGGUUUGUGGAGGUGUAUGUUAGCGAGAACUUCCAAGAAGCCACGUACGCUCGCAUGGCACCCAAGGGAUGA